UAAACAUAAACCGUGUAUGUAGUCUCUAUUCUUGACUCUCUUUUUCCUUUCAUCUUCCUCCUUUCCUCUCUCCCGGCAAUGGCUCACCUCUUCCGAGACCUAUCACUGGGCCACUCCAAGAGAGAGACAUCACCACCGACAAUCACGGUCACUAAAUCAGCCCUGGUCGCCGAUAGCCUUCCAUCGCCGCUGGGUCAGCUUGCCUCUAAGCUUACUGAUUCCGAGCUCAGGCAAACCGCAUACGAGAUCUUCGUCGCUGCUUGCCGCACUUCCUCUGGCAAGGCUGUCAGCAACGGUUCUAACUCGUCCUCUAACCAUUCUGACUCUCCGAGCCACCACUCCACCAACUCCCCGAACUCCCCUGCCUUGCAGCGAUCUUUAACUUCCACCGCCGCCAGCAAGGUCAAGAAGGCAUUCGGCUUGAAAUCACCUGGCUCGGGAUCCAAGAAGAGUCCUGGCUCCGCUUCGAGUUCGGCUUCAGGUCAGCAGAAGUCUAAGCGACCAUUGACGGUCGGGGAGCUCAUGAGAAAUCAGAUGAGGGUUUCGGAGGCCAUGGACUCGCGCGUUAGGAGAGCGCUACUCAGAAUUUCUGCUGGACAGGUUGGAAGAAGGAUUGACUCUGUUGUAGUUCCAUUAGAAUUACUGCAGCAGCUUAAGCUUUCAGAUUUUCCUGAUCUGCAAGAGCACGAGGAAUGGCUGAAGAGAACCCUGAAGGUUCUAGAGGCUGGUCUACUUUUGCAUCCCCAUAUGCCUCUAGAUAAGUCAAAUUCUGCUGCACAGCGCUUGCGGCAGAUUAUUCACGGCGCUUUGGAUAGGCCUAUAGAGACUGGGAAGAAUAACGAAUCUAUGCAGAUUCUUCGUAGUGCUGUCAUGUCUCUUGCAUGUAGAUCCUAUGAUGGGUCUUCCACUGAUUCAUGCCACUGGGCAGAUGGAAUCCCUUUCAACCUUCGGCUUUAUGAAAUGCUCCUGCUGUCCUGCUUUGAUGCUAACGAUGAAUCCUCAAUUAUUGAUGAAUUUGAUGAGCUGAUGGAACAAAUCAAAAAGACUUGGGGGAUUCUUGGAUUGAACCAAACGUUUCAUAAUCUCUGCUUUACUUGGGUUUUAUUCCACCAAUUUGUUGCAACUGGCCAGAUGGAUUUGGAUCUGCUGUCUGCUGUUGAUGGUCUGCUUGCAGAAGUUUCAAAUGAUGCAAAGACAACUAAGGAUACGGAGUAUUCCAAAAUUUUGAGUUCUACAUUAAGUUCUAUAUUGGGGUGGGCAGAGAAAAGGCUCCUUGCGUAUCAUGAAACUUUUGAUCAUGGAAAUGUCGAAACCAUGCAGGGCAUUGUUUCUUUAGGGGUAGCAGCUGCUAAGAUUUUGGUUGAAGAUAUAUCUAAUGAGUAUCGACGAAGGAGAAGAAAUGAAGUCAAUGUUGCCUGUGAAAGAAUUGAUACUUACAUCAGGUCAUCACUACGUACUGCUUUUGCUCAGAUAAUGGAGAAGGCAGACUCAAGCAGGAGAGCAUCCAAAAAUCAGCCAAAUGCUCUCCCUCUCCUCGCCAUUCUUGCUAAGGAUGUAGGUAGCCUGGCAGUUAAUGAGAAGCGAGUGUUCAGCCCAAUACUUAAGAGGUGGCAUCCUUUGUCAGCAGGUGUUGCUGUGGCUACUCUUCAUGCAUGCUAUGGAAACGAAUUAAAACAGUUCAUCUCAGGUGUAACAGAAUUGACACCUGAUGCAGUACAAGUGUUGAGAGCUGCAGAUAAGUUGGAGAAAGACCUUGUGCAAAUAGCUGUAGAAGAUUCAGUUGAGAGUGACGAUGGUGGCAAAGCAAUAAUCCGUGAGAUGCCUCCUUAUGAGGCUGAAGCUGCAAUUGCCAAUAUGGUGAAAAUAUGGAUUAAGACAAGAUUAGACAGACUUAAGGAGUGGGUUGAUAGAAAUCUGCAACAAGAGAUCUGGAGUCCACAAACAAAUCAGGAUGGUUAUGCCCCUUCUGCUGUUGAAGUAUUACGGAUCAUGAAUGAAACUUUGGAUGCAUUCUUUCAGCUUCCAAUACCGAUGCAUCCUGCGUUGCUUCCUGAAUUGAUGAAUGGCCUUGACAGAUGCCUUCAAUACUAUGUUAUCAAAGCAAAAUCUGGCUGUGGAUCACGAAAUACAUUUCUUCCGACAAUGCCAGCAUUGACCAGAUGCACUAUUGAAUCAAAAUUUCAAGGAUUUGGGAAGAAGAAAGAAAAAUCACCAAUUGUUCAGAAGAGAAACUCUCCGGUUGCAACAAAUGGGGAUGCCUCUUUUGGGGUACCACAGCUUUGUGCUCGCAUAAACACUUUGCAAUGGAUCCGGGGUGAAUUUGAUGUUCUGGAGAAAAGGAUUAUUACCCUUCUACGAAACUCUGAAUCUGCUAAUGUGGAAGAUUUUUCAAAUGGAUUAGCAAAGAAGUUUGAAUUAUCUCCAGCUGCAUGUGUUGAAGGAAUUCAGCAACUCUCUGAGGCAGUGGCAUACAGAAUCAUAUUCCAUGAUCUAAGGCACGUUUUAUGGGAUGGUCUAUAUGUUGGAGAUCCAUCAUCUUCCAGGAUUGAACCAUUUCUGCAAGAACUUGAACGAAACUUGAUGAUAAUUUCUGAUACAAUACAUGAACGAGUUCGUACACGGAUUCUUACUGAUAUAAUGAGAGCUUCCUUUGAGGGAUUCUUGCUGGUCUUGCUUGCUGGAGGGCCCUCACGUGCAUUUUCCCGUCAGGACUCUCAGAUCAUAGAGGACGAUUUCAAAUCCCUUCGGGAUCUCUUCUGGGCAAAUGGGGAUGGCUUGCCUUCCGAAUUAAUAGAUAAGUUUUCAACUACGGCUAGGUCUAUCCUCCCCCUCUUCCGAACUGAUACAGAUAGCCUCGUUGAACGGUUUAGAAGGGUAACCCUGGAGACAUUAGGCUCCUCUGCUAGAUCUAGACUUCCUUUACCUCCAACUCCCGGGCAGUGGAGUCCAUCUGAACCUAACACACUAUUACGCAUUUUGUGCUAUAGGAAUGAUGAAUCAGCUUCUAAGUUUCUCAAGAAGACAUAUAAUCUACCUAAGAAACUGUAAGAAUCUUGAGAAUUUGUGCGCAGCUGGAAAUUGCGUUAUGCCUAUAUUUCUGGUUCUGCUUGUAUUUGGUGCAAUAUUGCCCAGCAGGUAACGUUAUCUGCAUUGGCGAGGAAGUUUACAACAGGAUGCAACUGUCUUGUAUAGUGUAUUUUGUUCCAAAUUGGUAGCGCUACUUCCAUAUUCAAUGGGUCUGGAGAAGUGCAGCAUAUAUGAUUGGCCUAUAGUGUUCCUGGGGCAGAGGCUUUAUUUGCGAGGAUAGUUGAAUAUUCUUUCUCAUUCGUUAAUCAUUUGAAGGUAGAAUCAUCAUCUUCAUCGUAUUUCUGGUGGUUUCUUUCUCCGGUAGCCUUCUUUCUCUCCUCUUUGCGAGUUCUUUAUAUAUGAAAUAUUCUUUUGUUGAAUUCCCUUGGAGUGGCUUGUCACAUUUUUACUAAGAAAUCAAAAGCAAUGUAUAGCAUCUGUUUAUUGAAGUUGAUGCCUUUAUUUAUCUUGUAAGCUGGGAUCAUUCUGUUUAUGCCAAUGCCUUUUAUGUUA